GGAAGUCAUGUGAGCGGGGACCUAUGGCGGUUAUGACCAAAAGCUUGUAUUGAAAACGCUGAUGACCUGCCACUGUCAUCAUUACUUGCGAGGAAAUAUUCAUCUGAUUUGUUGCUCCGUUUAGAUGUCAUCGCGUUUUCCAGAUUAUAGGCUCUGAAUUAAAGUGUUCGUUUAAGAAAUGUUGUAAGGCUUUUAUUCUGCAUUUUCUGUAACGGCAGCUCUUUUAGUUUAAUGUCGCAGAUAGCAGCAGGUCCAGUUAUUUUAUAAGUGCUAGUGAUGCUUGUUUUGGUUAGAAUGCAAACAGAUUUUAAGGCGUCGUUUUGUGUGUUAUAAAACAAGCGAGGAAGUGAUGACCAGCAGCUCUUGGAUGAAACACUGAUACAUUAAUUUAGUGAUACAUUAACUGAACUCUCAUCUAAUGUAUCCGUUUACUCUGAAAACUCACUGAGCUAUUUUCAAGGGUCAGUUUUUAAAGUUCACAGUGUUCUACACUUAAUUUAAUACGGUUUUUGUCAGUUUAAAAAAAAAUGAACACAGAAAAGGAUUUUUCCCCCCUGACCCCUAACAUUGUGAGAGCCCUCAACGACAAACUGUACGAGAAAAGGAAGGUAGCAGCACUCGAGAUUGAAAAGCUUGUACGGGAAUUUGUAGCCCAGAACAACUCUGCACAGAUCAGACAUGUCAUCCAGAUAUUGGCCUCAGAGUUUGCGCUCUCCCAGCACCCUCACAGCAGAAAAGGGGGCCUCAUCGGCCUGGCUGCGUGCUCCAUUGCCCUGGGAAAAGAUUCUGGAUUGUACCUGAAAGAACUCAUUGAUCCAGUUCUUACCUGUUUCAAUGAUUCUGACAGCCGUUUGCGGUACUACGCCUGUGAGGCCCUUUACAAUAUAGUGAAGGUUGCUAGGGGAGCCGUGCUGCCCCACUUCAAUGUGCUGUUUGAUGGGCUUAGUAAGCUUGCUGCAGAUCCUGACCCCAAUGUAAAGAGUGGGUCUGAGCUCCUGGAUCGGCUUCUUAAGGACAUUGUAACCGAGAGUAACAAAUUUGAUCUAGUGGCUUUUGUUCCCCUGUUGCGUGAGAGGAUUUAUUCCAACAACCAGUAUGCCCGCCAAUUCAUUAUCUCCUGGAUCCAUGUGUUAGAGUCAGUACCUGAUAUCAACCUCCUGGACUACCUGCCAGAAAUUCUAGAUGGACUCUUUCAGAUUCUUGGGGACAGCAGCAAAGAGAUCAGACGAAUGUGUGAGGUGGUUUUGGGGGAAUUCCUGAAAGAAAUCAAGAAGAAUCCUUCCAGUGUCAAGUUUGCAGAAAUGGCCAACAUUUUAGUCAUCCACUGUCAAGUGUCAGAUGAAUCAAAAUCCACUAACGAUCUCAUCCAGUUGACGGCUAUGACCUGGAUGAGAGAAUUUAUCCAGCUUGCAGGGAGAGUGGUUCUGCCAUAUUCCUCUGGCAUAUUGACAGCAGUGCUGCCUUGCCUUUCCUAUGAUGAUCGCAAGAAAAGCACUAAAGAGGCUGCCAGUGCAUGUAAUCACAGCCUGAUGAAGCUUGUGACUCCUGAAGAUGAUGAAGAUGGUGAAGACUCACAGACCAAAAUUUCCCCUCCUAGUGACGAGACUCCAUCUAAGAAAGAGGGAGAUCUGAAUGAUUCCCUCAAUGAGUCACAGGAGUCAGUGGGUUUCAGCAACAUUUCUUUCUUUACACCAGCAAGUUCUGACAGGUCUACUGUUACUUUGGACCUGGAUGGCAUAGUACAGGUACUGGACCGACAUUUACACGAUUCAUCCACUGGAAUGAUGACUCGCAUUGCUGUGUUGAAGUGGCUCUACCAUCUCUACAUCAAGACCCCUUGCAAGAUGUUCAAGCACACAGAUAGUUUGUUUCCCAUGCUACUGAAGACAUUGUCAGACGAGUCUGAUGAAGUGAUUUUAAAAGACCUAGAGGUUUUAGCAGAGAUUGCAUCAUCGCCUGCUGGACAGACGGACACUUCUGGAUCAUGUGACAACUUGGAUAGCAAAUCGCAACUCCUUAUACCAGGCGGAGUCAAAGAUGGGCAGCAAAUGGUGGUGGGAUCGAAGAUGGCUGACUUGUCUCCCUCCACCCCGAGCAUGAAUUCAUACUUCUACAAGUUCAUGAUUAAUUUGCUAAAACGCUUCAGUUUAGAGAGGAAACUUCUAGAAAUGAGGGGAGCCUUCAUUAUCAGACAGUUAUGUCUCCUCCUGCACGCGGAAAACAUAUUCCACUCUAUGGCAGACAUUUUACUCAAGGAGGAAGAUUUGAAAUUUGCUUCCACCAUGGUGCAAACACUUAACACUAUUCUGCUUACCUCUGCUGAACUGUUCCAGCUGCGAAACCAGCUCAAAGACCUACACACCCAGGAGAGCUGUGCCCUUUUCUGCUGCCUCUAUCGCUCUUGGUGUCACAAUCCAGUGGCCACCGUGUCCCUCUGCUUCCUGACCCAGAACUAUCGCCAUGCCUAUGACCUCAUCCAGAAGUUUGGAGAUCUGGAGGUGACUGUGGACUUCCUUAUGGAGGUGGAUAAACUCGUGCAGCUAAUUGAGAGCCCCAUCUUUACCUAUCUCCGUUUGCAGUUACUGGAUGUAGAGCAUAACCCUUAUCUCAUCAAAGCUCUGUACGGCCUGCUGAUGCUGCUUCCUCAGAGUCAAGCAUUCCAACUGCUUUCACAUCGGCUGAGCUGUGUGCCAAACCCUGAACUCAUGAGGACUGUGGAAGAUCCAAAGGCACCUGUCAAGGACAAACGAUUAGCCCAGCCACACAUAGACUACAGUGAACUGCUCCAGCACUUUGAGCGAGUCCAGAGCAAACAUCUGGAAGUGAGGCAUCAGAGGGCAGGCCGCUCAGAGCACCCAGACAGAAAGCUUAUGUAGUGAAUGAAGUGCAAAUUCCAUGAACUGCAGUCUCAGCAGGGCCUGCAGUUGGCAUCCCCAUUCAACUCUUGUGUUUUUUUUAUGUAUUCAAGCUACUGCAUGCACGAGGGACUUUUUGUGUCUUAUACUUUUUUUAUGAUACUUAAAGUGCUUUAUGUUAAGGUGCUGGAGAUUGUAUAGUACAUGAAUACUUGAACGAAAUUUAAUAUCUGUUACAGAUUAUGGUCCAAUAAUUAUAUCAUUCCCAAGCAAAUGGAAUCCUCUCCAGAUCAUUUAUAAAGAACACCUUGCAUGUGCCCCUAUAUGUUAAUGAGGUACUUUUAAUCUAAAAUAUGAAUAUACAGACAUCUGCUCAUGAUUUGCACUGUAAAUGAGUCUGUCUUAGGUGGAUAUUUAUCUUUUUUCUUUGUUUUGCAAUUUAACUAGAUUUUAUCUCUUACAGAAACCAUACCCAACAUAAUUCACUAUUGGCCUAACAUGCAAACCUUAGUAAUUUCUCUGUAAUGUGAAAACAAAAGUUACAAUAAAGUGGAACGUGUAUAAUACUUUUCUUUCUAAAUAAU